AUGGACGACAUUGGCCAGACGCGCCACCUGCUGCACCUCUACAACGCGCUCCGCAUCCUCGACAAGAUUACGCUGGUGCACACCAAGUGCAAGGACGCGUCGACGUCGAAAGGCUUCGUGGUCGACGGGACACUUGGCGUGGGGGCAGGCGCCGACGUGAACGGCUUCGACGUGUACGGCUUCGACGUGCUAGGCGUCGACGUCGGCGUCGGGCCGCUCGUCGUCGAAGCAGGCGUCGACGGCGAAGUCGUGCUAGGCGCAGGCGUCGGGACACUCGUCGUCGUGGCAGGCGUCGAGGUCGGUGUUGGGCCGCUCGUCGUCGGAGUAGACCUCGACGACUGGGUCGUGCAAGGCUUCGUGCUCGACGGCUGGGUCGUACAAGGCUUGGUGCUCGACGGUCAGGUCGUGCAAGGCUGCGUUGUAGGGCGGAACGUCGGCGUCGGCUGCGGGCACGGCGUCUUGGUGGGCUGA